AUGGCCGAGAAUACGGCGCAGCCGGCUCGGGACCCCGCGGCCAAAGGCAAAACCCGCAAGACCGAUCCCAACGCGACUCCGAUUCGGAAACGACGCAAGCGAACGGUGGUGAGCGGCGCACCCGAUGACUGUUUUGCAUGCGCCAAGCGCGGGGCUCGGUGUGACCGGCGCCGGCCCUACUGCUCCCAGUGCCUUGAGAUGGGCCGCGAAUGCUCCGGAUACAAGACGACUUUAACAUGGGGGGUGGGCGUAGCAAGCCGAGGCAAACUGCGAGGUCAGAAACUGCCGGUAAUGGAGGCUGAAGGGCAGCCGUCAGCGAGUCUCAAAGGAGGAGAGCAACCAGUGGCUUCGAGCAGUCAGGCUCAACCUGCGUCGCAAAUACCUUCAAAUUCUCCGGCCUCCGCUGCGGCGCCCCCGACAGGGAUGGAAAUCCCGGUAAUAAACUCGGUGAACUCCGAUCACAGGGGCCCUUCUGCCAUGUUUAGUGGAUUCCCAGAUAUGUCUGCAGGCAUGUCGUGGACAUUGGAUAUGCCAGAUCCACACUCAUGGGCUCACACCUCGACCGUGCCGCCACAAAUAUCUGGGCUUCCUUUGCCGAGUCGGUCAAUGGUUGCGAGUCGCUCCAGCCCAAGUAUCGCAUCAGAGGCAUCGAUGCAGUAUGCCCCGACAUUAAGCCCUGAAGCCAGUUUCACCGUUCCAGUCUGGCCGCUCGCCCAGAAUUGGCCCGCUCAAAAUGUGACAUCCCCGUCGCAGGAUGCGGACGAGGAGUAUGAGCGAAUGGAUCCUGAACAGUCAAUGCUCUGGGAUUCUGGUCAUCGCCCGUCAUAUUCCCAGAUGCUUCUUGCCCGAUCAGUGGGACGGACCCCUCGUCUCCGAUAUCUGAUCAGUUAUUUCGCGGAAGUCAUUGCUCCCAUGAUUGUCGCUUUCGACACCCCCUCAAACCCCUUCCGCAUUCAAAUUCUUCGUCUCGCCCAGGACAGUCCCGCUUUACAAGAGGCGAUUGCAACAUUAGCGACAAGCAAUUUGCGCCAGCGGCGGGAGCGAAAUCACAUGUCUACCGAGAGAACUUUGCCAGCCCGCAUGUCUUCUAUGGCCCAUCGUGCGCUUACCGACGAAGCAUUCCAAAAUCGAUAUGGCAUCUCGAUUCCAGAGGGCUAUGCCCGGGAAGAGAACCACCACCGAGGCAUGGCCGUGAAGGCUUUGAACGCCGAUCUGGCCGAUCCUCGUCGCAGACUUUCGGACUCGGUAUUGGCAACAUUACUGGUUCUCUGCCUUUUCCAUGGCUGCGACACCGGCGUCGCUGAGUUCCGGACGCAGUUUGCUGGAGUCACAAGACUACUUGCCAUCCGAAUGCGCCAUUCCCCAAUCAUCACGGACGAUCUCAAAUGGUUCAUUCGCAUGUUUUCGUGGUUUGAUACCUUGACUGCGACCACGAAUGACCGUGACGUGCAGCUGCGUGGGAAAUGCCUAGAGAUCAGCUCGAUCACAGAUGGGGAGUGGGGCUUAGAGAAUCUGGCUGGCUGUGAUGGCCGUCUCUUCAAAAUGAUAUCUCAGCUAGGACGCCUGAACCUCCUCAGUCAGGAUCAGCAGCCGAAUGAGUCUCGGCCAGCCGAUGUGACGACUCCCACUGUCUCCCUCCCUCCCACCAUGGUGUUCCCUGGCUGGGACACCGUCACGUCAGCUGCUGGACCUGGGUCCCUAUCUGGUCAGGGAUAUGGAGGAUUCUCAAUGCCUACUCCUCCACAGAGCAGUGAUCAGGCUCCGAAGCCCUCUUCUCCUGCAUUCUGGACCGAAUGGUAUUCACUCCGGCAACGGCUCGAAUCCUGGCGAUUCGAUCCGCCUGCUCAAGUCUCGUUCCCCUCUCCACCCCUAUCCGCCUCCCCUUCAUCCUGGAACUCCCCCACUUUUCUACCCGCCCCUCCCUCUCCCUCCAUGUCAUACCAAGUGGCUCCCGAGAAUCUCCAGGACAUCUACCAAAUAUCCGAAUGUUUCCGGCACGCCGCGCUCCUCUACUGCGAACGGCUCGCCGAACCAAGUCUCCCAUCCCGACAUCCGCGCAUCCAGCAUCUCGUCCAUCUUGCCAUGCACUGCCUUUGCGCUGUGCAAUCCGAUGUGUACCUUCUUUGGCCUUUGUUCAUAGUAGGCUCGGAGUGCGUUCAAGAGGAUCACCGUGCCACCAUCCGCUACCGCUGCAAGGAUAUCUCCAAGGACUCUGGCUUCGUGAAUAACCUCUCUUGCCUGGAACUGCUGGAGAAGAUCUGGGCGGAGCACUCUGACGAGUCCUCGUACCCCGUGUACCCAUCUGAGCUAGGGGCCCCGCCACCACUGGAUGGUAGCGGUGCCCCGGUUCCUUCCCAGGCCUUCCGUUGGUCCCGUGUGAUGCAGGCUAAGCGAGGGGAUGGGGAGUACAUGGUGGCAUAA